AUGUUUCUGGACGAUUUGAAAACGGCUAGAAAAGUGAGCUUGGCUAUUCUGCUCGCUACGAUUCAGCUUACUGUAAUUGCUGCCUUUGGAGCAAGAUGGACAUCGGGCGACACUUAUGUAUUUGUGAUUGGAACACAAACUUUCCUUCCCGGAGUCUCUCCACCAUAUUCCACCAUCAUUCCAUACCCUAACAGAGCUGAUUGGUGGUUUGGAUUAACAGCUAUUGUGAUGUAUCUUGUCCUCGUUCUGUGCUUUCUUUAUGUUGCAUGGACCAUUGUACAAAUUGCAAUGCCUGAUGCCAUUCCAUUUGAUCUGAAAAUGAUUGUGUUCGUGGAUGUCGCUUUCUCUGGAUUACUAACUAUAAUGCUUCUCAUCGCGUAUUGUUUCUUUGCUGGAGGUUUCGGAGGAAAAAGUGGUCUUGUUGGAAUUGGAUACGGCUAUUGUUUCUGGCUGGCAAUCGUUUCUUCAAUUUCUUCAUUUGCAGUUACUAUCAUUUCUGGAAUGAGUUGGUACCGAAAUAAUUAA